UCGGGAUCGGGAUCGGGAUCGGGAUCGGGAUCGGGAUCGGGAUCGGGAUCGGGAUCGGGAUCCCGACCCCGACCCCAGGUAUGGACCCCAGGAGCGGAUGUGGCCGGGGACCGUAACACCGUUAUUCCCCGGUGCCCGAGGCCCAGGAUGGGCGGGGAACCAGCAGCAUCCCCCGGGCUCUGCGGGCGGACCGCGGCCCGGGACUCGCAGGGAAGCGCAGGAGCUCAGUGCGGCCUGUUCUCCUCCGGCAGCGCAGCCACGCUGCUCCGGGCGGUGCUGAGGAUGCGGCGGGGACAAGCGAAGCGAAAGGCCGAGGCCGCGGAGGUGCCGCGCGUGUCGCGGAGGAGGACGGAGGGAGAGCAGGCGAUACAGGAAGCCCGUCGGAGGGCGGCCCCGUCCGUCCGGGACUUCAAGUACAACAAAAAGCGGGUUCGCCUUGUCUCGCAGGGCUCGGACCUGAAGGAUGAUGCUCGAUGCAUCCUUUACUGGAUGUGCCGGGAUCAGCGAGUGCAAGGUGCGAACCAGCUGGUGGAAGGGGCUCCCAUGGGUGAUAACUGGGCUUUCCUCUACGCCCAGCGCCUGGCCCUCAAACAGGAGCUGCCUCUGCAUGUCUGCUUCUGCUUGGUGCCCAAAUUUCUGGAGGCCACCAUCCGCCACUACAGGUUCAUGCUGAGGGGCCUACAGGAGGUAGCAGAGGAGUGUGCAGAGCUGAACAUCUCCUUCCACUUGCUGCUGGGCUAUGCCAAGGAUGUGCUGCCCACGUUUGUGACGGAGCAUGGCGUGGGUGGGCUGGUGACAGACUUCAGUCCCCUCCGCCUCCCCCGGCAGUGGGUGGAGGACGUCAGGGAACGGUUGCCAGAGGAUGUGCCAUUUGCACAGGUUGAUGCCCACAACAUCGUGCCCUGCUGGGUCGCCUCCCCCAAGCAGGAGUACAGCGCCAGGACCAUCCGGGGCAAGAUCCACGCUCAGCUCCCCGAGUUCCUCACCGAGUUUCCCCCUGUUGUUCGUCACCCACAUCCGCCUUCCUGCCCAGCAGAGCCCAUUGCUUGGGAGGCGUGUUAUUCCAGCUUGCAGGUGGACCACACUGUGAAGGAGGUGGAGUGGGCAACCCCUGGCACAGCUGCAGGGAUGGCUGUGCUGAAAUCCUUCAUUGCAGAGCGGCUGAAAUCCUUCAGCAGCCACAGGAAUGAUCCCAACAAGGCAGCUCUCAGCAACCUGUCCCCGUGGCUUCACUUCGGCCAGGUUUCCACGCAAAGAGCCAUCCUGGAGGUGCAGAAGCACCGGCGCAAUUUCAAGGACUCAGUGGAUUCAUUCGUGGAGGAGGCUGUGGUGCGGCGGGAGCUGGCUGAAAACUUCUGCUACUACAAUGAGAACUAUGACAGUGUGCAGGGUGCCUAUGACUGGGCACAAACCACCCUGAAGCUCCACGCCAAAGACAAGAGGCCUUAUCUGUACAGUCUGCAGGAGCUGGAGCAGGGGACCACACAUGACCCGCUCUGGAACGCUGCCCAGCUGCAGAUGGUCCAGGAGGGCAAGAUGCACGGCUUCCUGCGGAUGUACUGGGCCAAGAAGAUCCUGGAGUGGACACGCUCCCCUGAGGAGGCCCUGCAGUUUGCCAUCUACCUCAACGACCGCUACGAGCUGGAUGGGAGGGACCCGAAUGGAUACGUAGGCUGCCUGUGGUCCAUCUGCGGCAUUCACGACCAGGGCUGGGCGGAGCGGCCCAUCUUCGGGAAGAUUCGCUACAUGAACUACGCCGGCUGCAAGCGCAAGUUCGACGUGGAGCAGUUCGAGCGUCGCUAUGCCCCCACACACUCGCAGUGACCCUCUGGGCUGGGCAGAUGUGCCUUUGCCAGGCUGCCAGCUUGCAGGGAUCACCCAGGGCAGACAUCACCCUGGGAUAUUGAAGGGCUCUUUGUUAUUGAGGGCUCCUUCCAGCAGCAAGCUCCAGGGUUCUGCAGAUCUUUGCCAUCACCCACUGCUCAAGUUGCCACACUGGGGCAGCUGCUGGAGCCCUUCUGCUGCCACAAGUUUGCUGGCAGCUGUGAGAGCCUAUCCUCGGCAUGCCUGUGCCUGCCAGAAACCUUUCUACAACCAAGGCCGCAGGAGUAGCCCAGGUUGUCAUUGCUGCUGGUAACCACAGCUGAGAUUUGGGCUGAGCAGAGUGUUUCUAGGGAAAAGCCCCCAGGAAGAGGCUCUUUGUGGAGCCAGUGCUGGGCUGUCAUCUUUCAACAGUUGUUUUAAAGUUUACAGUUUGUAUCACCUGUGUUGAUGGUGUUUAUGGGGAGAUGCACAACACUGCUGUGAACAGAGUUUGGUGGCGUGGAAUGGAAAUGCAAGCAAGGCCAGGGCAGCCAAGGCCAGGGCCCUGUGCCCCUCUGCCAGCAGCAAACUCUGGAAGGGGACUGACAUUACAGAGCCCUUGUACCUCCUGCCCUGAGUCCAGUGGGCAGUUUGCAGGGGCAGGCCACAAACCAGACUAAUUAGUCAAGGGGUAGUGACCAUAACCCCCUCCCAGUGACUGCACCACCAGCUACAUGAGCUGUCCCUUCCAUUGCUCCCUGCCUGCCCCAUCACCUCGAGGUGGGAUACACACCAUUACCCCACCAGAAACAAUGUCACAACACAACCAGACUCCUUAUUAACAUGGUUUAUUAAGGACGGCAUUUUAAUUGCUGUGCUGUGCAAUAAUCCCGUUGUGAGGGCUCCAGCUGACAGCCAGGGCAGCCCCCAGCUCUCCCUCCCAGAGCUCCCUGUUGUGGCCAGUUCCAGUGUUAGUUGUAGUGGUCAGUGCUGGGCAGCAGUGUCAGUGCUGGGCACAGUCUUGCCCUGAAAACCUGUGCCAGGUUUGGGAGUCUUACUGCUUCCACACACAGUCCAUGGUGGAGGGUGGAAACCAUAACUAAGCCAGAAUUCCUUCCCUCUUCUCAAAAAGUACUCAGUGCUUCUAGAAAGGGAUCUGGGCAGCCUCUCAGCUGCUGUCCCAUGACAGUAAAGUGCUUUAAACAAAAUAGGGUGGAUGGAGGUGUGCUGCUGAGGCAACUCCAGGGAAGGGGGUCCAAGAUCCAAGCAACAGCAGGAGGGUGUGGCUCAGGCUUGGGGACAGGCAAGACCAAGGCAGACCAGCAUCUGGCAGCCCAGGGCUUGCAGAGACAGAGUGAGCAGAAGAGCAGCUGCUCUUCUGGGGAAAAAAAGCAGAAGCAAGACACAAGGCAGCAAAAACCGCAGGGGAGCAAGUGGGGAGCUGAACCCUGCUUUCAGGACUUGGUCAGGAUGCUGCAGGCAGGGGAGAGAUGCAGCAGCCCAGCCCUCACAGCAAGGCUUGCAGCCACAUGUCCUGGACCCAGCCUCUUCCCCUCUCCCCAGCUCUGCCACCCCCACAGGGAGAGCCCACAAGGGGUCACAUCCCAGCCUCGAAUCAGGGCAUGUGCUGAAAGAGCCACUGUCCCUUAGAGCCUCCUGCCAGUGCACUGCUCUCUGGCCCCUUGCACCCUCCUUGCACAUACACAGGCCACACCAUCCUUCCUAACAGCCCACAUCCCACCUGUGCUGAGUUGGUGCUGGACAUGCCAUGGCUAAAGCAUCCCCCCACGAUGCAGAGGCACCUCUUCAGCUGGGCACAGAGCUCACCUUGUCCCACUGGGUCUGACCCUGACCCCGCAGAGCUGUCACUUGUGGCAGGUGACACAAGUGCAUCAGUGAGGAACCAGUCCUUGGCAGCACCCCAGUGCCAAACCCCUCUCCCCUGGGUAUCCCUGUUGCAAGCAGGCUGCCUGACCAUCCCACCACAGCUGGGAAGCUUCAAAACUUUGCCUGGCUCAGGGACCCUUCCUCCCCAAAGGGAAGCAGGAGAUCCUGCUGGGAGAGGGGACCAGCUCCAUCCAGGGGUGAGGAACCAGGAGCAGGAUAGCCCUGGAGAUUUUAUACUGGCGAGUCCCAAGCAGAUCACAUGCCCCCUAAGAAGGCAUUUCAAGCAGCACCUCCUUGAGGGGAACACACAGUUAAAAAUACAAACAACGACAUUAAAAAAAAUAAAACCAAGUCCAGCAGAUUAAAAAAAAA